CACACUGCACUUGUCACACCGCGUUAAACGACUACAGCUUCCAUACAUUCCGUUCCCUGAUGAUGGGCUUUUCGCCCCGAUAAAUUAUGCCCCUUCUGAAUACUCGGAUCGAUAAUCCGGCACCUCUCGACUAUUCCACGCCGCCGUUUCCAUCACUCUAUUGGCCUCUCCAUACCAAACCUGGAAUUCCAAACUACCUCUACUAUGCUCAUGACAUUUGGCGAUUCACUUUACUAUGGACACUCAUUGUGUACGGAAUCACGCACAUUGCUGUAGCUGCUUGUGCCGUUGUAAUGCAACUGGGAAAAGGGAAAAACGCCUGGCAAUAUGCUUGGAUUAUACCACUGGUGUACGCUGCAAUAGGUGGAAUUGAAGCCUUGCUGGCGGGAAGUCUAGUUGGAUUGAUACUCGGUGCCAUUUACAAUGCAGGAUAUUUUCAGAUGUCAACAUGGAUUCCGUUCAUAUGGGCAUUGAUCAAUGUUUUAGUCUUGAUUAUAUCUUCUUUCUCAAUACAGGGUGGUCUAUGAGGCACCAGAUAUUUCAAUGAUGCAUACUUCUUUUGCAAGAUGAAA